AACGAAACAUUGUACUUCCGGAUGUUGGUAAUUCGGCCUUACCAAAACACACCUGUCCGGCAAAGUGAAAGUUCUCUGAUGAAUGCAGGUAUAGACGUACUUUGGAAUUGUGUUUGGAACUGCAAACCAACACAUGCAAACUGUAAAUACUCAGAGGACAUAUUAUAGUACAGAUUAGGUCCACUAAUAAAGCAGAAAGACAGUAGAAUGAAAUUGGGAAAGAAAAACCAAAGAUGUUGACCAGGGCAUUAAUAGGAGAUAUAAUGUGUCUACAGAAUUUAAUAGGAGAUCUUACAUCAUUAUAUGGGGAAAUAAUGACAUAAAUAUGAGUGAGUCUGCUAUAUAAUAGGCUUGGUAUGUUCUAUGACAUUGAUGAGCCAUGAAGGAUACAAUAAUUAUAAGUAUUUGUCUGGCCGUGCUGUGCUCCAUGCCCAUCAGUACAGGGACUUUUUACACUGUGUACAAUGUGAGUAGUGAUAAUCAGCCUCUUACACAGAUAACUAUAGAUACACAAAAUGGACAUUUGCAUGUGGGAGGCAAAAAUAUUAUUAUACAUUUAAACCCAGAUUUAAAUGUGGUACAGGAACAUGUCAUCGGACCAGUGCUUGACAAUGUUAACUGUCCUCCAUCACCUUUGACCUGCAGUGAAAGUCGGAAAAUGUCCCCUAAUCAUGUCCGUGUCUUGGAAAUUAACGAUCAAAAAGAUUUCAUACUGAUGUGUGGUUCAGCCAAUCAGGGACUGUGUUCCUGUCUUUCCCUGAACAAUGUUUCAUCCAAUCAUACUCUAGUUGCCAAAGACAGUGUAAACUUCAUCGGAACUACAUCUCCUUCCACAGUUUCAGUCGUAUUUGGAUCUCCUAACCAGCAGUCUGAUAGUACAGAUAAAGUCUUAUAUGUCGCCAUGGGAAUGGACCACAGAGACGUUCAAUUCCGUCCAAAAAUUAUGUCAACACGAGAAUUUAACUAUAUCGAUUCAUAUUGGAGCUUGCUUUAUUAUGUACAUCAGAAAACGCUUGGUACCUACUUAACAGCCGACGAUUCUGUCCAGGAUUUAUUCCAGUCGUACUACAUCUACUCAUUUGAGUACAGAGAUUAUAUAUAUCAUAUCUCCGUACAAAUGAGAGACCCGUUUGGUAAUCGGACAGAAAAUAAUGUUUUUGUAUCCAAAAUAAUACAAAUAUGUAAAGAUGACGUGGCGUACGCCUCGUACACAGAACUCCCUCUUCAGUGUGAACAUAACGGGAAACUAUACGAGAUUGCAACCGAUGCUUUCCUUGCAGACGCACCAAAACUACUCAAAGCAUGGGACAAGAAGUUAUUUGUUACCUUUGGUGUGAAUAGACAGCUCAAUCCAAACCCAGAAGAAAACGAAGGAUCCGUCAUGUGCUUUUUUGAUUUCAGUGAUAUAUUGAGCAAACUUUUAGCCCUCCAAAAAGACUGCUUUUUGGGGAAUGCUAUACAACCAGCCUGGGUAUACGGCAGAGAUAUAACAGCGCCAAAGAUGUGUGCGGCUGGUGACUUCGACAGAACUCCUUUCUGUGGUAGUUCAGUUAAUAUUGGCAUUCAAAACCAUCUACCAGAACACCGCUUACGGAGUAUGGCCACCAUUCAUAUUUCAAACAAUGUGUUGACGUCUGUUGCCGUGGUGACACAGGAAGAGGAUACAGUGGCUGUGAUGGGAACAUAUGAUGGACAUCUGCUUAAAACCAAGGUUGAUGACGAUCACGACUUGAUGACACCCUACCUGGACAUGGACCUGACAGGGAACACCAACAUUCCUAUACAACAGGACAUGCAGGUCGAUACCACCGAGAACCAUGUGUACGUCUUGGCUGGUAGUCAGGUUGUCAAGUUCCCCCUUGGUACCUGUGAAGUGUAUAGCACAUGUGAAACAUGUGUUACUGCAGAUGACCCUCUCGUAUGUGGAUGGUGUGUUGACCGAUGUACGAAGAAAACAGAAUGUAUCAAGCCGACACAGUCCCUAGGUACCCUGACAACAUGGAGUCUAGACACCUGCUCUCCUGUCAUAUAUUCCAUCACCCCAGACACUGGUCCUUUUGAGGGGCAAACCCCUAUCACCAUCUACGGCAACAACUUUGGUUCCAAGCUCGCUCAGGAGAUUCAGGCUCGUGUUGGCAAUUUGGAAUGUGUUCCCAGCUACAGCAACUUCACAAGUUUAGUUUGCAUCGCCCCAUCAGUGACAGAGGCCAACACACUACCGGUGUCUGUGAAGAUUUCUGAUGAUACCAAAACAGGAAUUAAGUAUAAGAUAAUGGGGACAUAUUCUCUACAGUCAACCCUCUUCAGUUAUAAGUUACCAAAAAUGGCUAAUUUUACUCCCAGCUUUGGACCGGUGUCUGGUGGUACAACUUUAGUUAUCAAGGGAGAUAACUUGGAUAUCGGAAAAGAUCGCUCUGUGAAGGUAGUUAACUUCCCAUGCACUCUAAAAAGUUACAAUGCAACCAUGAUAAUCUGUGAGACGACAACCUGGACCCCUGGUGGGUCUGAGCGGAUGUUAAACGGUCCAGUGGUGGUGAUAAUAGAUGGCACAGAUUUCCCGAUCUACACAGACUUCACCUACAUGGCUGACUCAUCCAUCAAUAAUGUGGCUCCACCUCGAUCCAUGGCAAGUGGCGGUAUUAAACUGACCGUGACGGGGACAAAUUUACACAUUGUAGCCGAUCCCCAGAUAGGAGUCACGAUUGUCAAAACCAAGAGGACUCCUCCAACUCAGAAAUGUAAAGCUGUUGCUGAUGGCCGCACUAUGUACUGUCCGUCAGUCAAUAUCACCAGAUAUGUGGAUGGACAACUCCCUACCCGGUCCGAAGAAUAUCACAUUUGGUUCAAAAUGGAUGGCAUAAAGGAGGUUGGUCAGAAGAACGUUGUGGACCAAGUGUGGACAAUAUUUAGAUAUUAUCCCGACCCUGUCUUCCACAUGUUCAGCGACAGUGGACAUUUACGAAACAUGGACAUUACUGAGACAACUUUGGACAUUAAGGGAGAGCACUUAAACCUAGGUAUAUCUAUGGCAGAUAUUAUUGUCAAGGUAGGGACCAAAGGAACGUGUAAUGCCACCAAACUAAAGGACACUGUCAUGUCCUGUACCCUGUACAGCAUGCCUACCGAAGCGUCAUCACAGAAAUAUCGUGUUACAGUGACUGCAGGUGGGAUAAAUAAAGAUAUAGGGUUCCUGGUGUUUGCCGCUGCGGAGACUGCACCUGCAACCAUGACCAUCAUCCUCAUUGUAAUCAUCGUUAUCGUUGUAAUUCUUUUGAUAAUCACAGUCAUUAUUUUGAAGAAAAAGGAAAUGUGGAUAUUCAAAAAGCCAUCUGAUCCCUACAUGGCACAUUACCAAGCUGUCCGCACUGAUGCUAAUGGCCAAAGGAUGAUAGACAGUCAAAAUCGAGCCAAUGAUUACACAGAACAGCGGAUGUCCGAGAGUGGAGCAGCAGCCUCCCUUCUAUCUGGUAUUGAUGAUGACACACUGUUGGUUCUCCGAGAUAAAAACCUUCUGAUAGAACGAGAGUGGCUCACACUGGGUGAAAUCCUAGGGAGAGGUCACUUUGGCUGUGUACAUAAAGGUUUCCUGACCUUGCCGGGUGCAAAAGAAGAUACACUAGUGGCUGUGAAGUCUUUACAUAAUGACAGCCCAAGAGAAAUAGAUGUACAGAGUUUUCUUGAGGAGGCCAUGCGUAUGAAAGAUUUCCACCAUGAGAAUGUUCUGACUCUGACCGGGAUCUGUUUUGGAAUGGAUGACAUGCCCUUGGUGGUACUGCCGUAUAUGAGUCAUGGUGACCUCCUAUCUUACAUACGUAAUGAAGAAAAUAAUCCUACAAUCAAGGACCUGAUAGUUUAUGGAAUAGACAUAGCCCAGGGUAUGGACUACCUCUCUGGACUCAAGUUUGUUCACAGAGAUCUAGCUGCCAGAAACUGUAUGUUAGAUGAGAACUUUCAAAGCCCUGGUAGCUGACUUCGGCCUGUCCAGAGAUAUCUAUGAACGUGACUACUACAGCAGUGACAAUAAGAAGAGUAAACUACCAGUUAAGUGGAUGGCCCCAGAAUGUCUUGAGAAGGGAAACUACAACUCAAAAU